AUUUCACUGACUACCGUAUGUACAUAUCGAAUCAAAUGUAUCGAUCACGUGGUCUUUGUAAAGGCCAAAGUUUGCUCCGCCACUUUCACAAUCUUUUCUUCUUCUCAGCCUUCUUAUUCUAUCGUUCCACGCAUCAUAACUCUUCUCGGAAUGUCAGAUGCGAUUAUGAUGACACGCUGUAACUUGUGCAACAAUUUCCCGCCACCACAAGGUUGGCUCGACAUCCUCAACCUCCGAUUCACGCCUCAAAUGCUUGAGGACGCGGUCAAGGCAGGCUGUCCGAUGUGCAAAUUAGUUCUCGCUGGCCUUGUACAUUUCGAGCCCAAGUUUGGCCCUAUAGCUGACCUAGAGGAGCUUCGUCUUGAGAGUUACAAUCAUGUCUUUGAGGUUGCUGGCUAUACAAAAAACGAGGUCAAGAUGAAGCUAGCUUUUUUCACUGCGCGAGUGGACGACACACAAGACACUUUGCAUACACAAACACCUUUGCCGCGUUCGCUAGAACCCUUGUAUGGUCGCUUGGUUUCUCAACCAACCAUCUCUGGAGAUACGGCUUCCGAUGCUGCGUUUUCAUGGGCUUCCCAUACCCUACAAACUUGUAUCAACCACAUCCACAGCAAGUGCCUUUCUCUAACCUGGACGGCCGCCGAUCGAUCAGUGUACCUUUGAAUGACCUACAAACAUCCUUGGCAACGUCUUCGACCAUGUUGAGAGCUGCUUGGGCCAUUUUCCUCCAGCAUGCAUUGGGAACAAACGACAUCGUGUUCGGGCAGGUCAGCGCCAACCGGUAUCUGC